GAGUUUUUAUAUAGAGCCUAAAUCCCCCCCAAAUGAGGAGUGAAGUGAGGGGCUUUAUUUUAUUCUUCAGAAGCUUCUAUCCAGCUUCACUUUCUCAGCUCUUCAGAAUUCACCUCGCGCUUAACCCCGCUUACACUGUCAUCUCGAAUCCGGUGGAGAAAUUAAACAGUUAAUAGGCGGACAGGAUCCGCACGUGAUUGGAUUCUUGGCGGAUUGGAUCAGGACCCCCUCGCGCCCCCCUCCUCCUUGUUUCACGGCUCUUUGUUUCUGAUCUCCUAAAAUCCACCCACUCGAAAUGGAGAAGUGGAGAGAGGGGGAAAACAAAUCAAACGACCCUCUCUCUCUUUUUCUCUCUCUCCCUCUCUUCCCCUCUCUCUCCGUGCGCUCCCUCCAUCUCUCCCCUCGCGCUGCGCCUCCAUCUGCGCCAUGGACUCGGACACUAGCUGUCUGCCUUUCUCUUCUCCCGCUCAUCCUCCUCAUCCUCACCGCAGCACCCCGGAGCCCGUCUCGGCCUUGGAGCCUUCCUCAUCCACCUCCACCUCCUCUUCCACGUCCUCGGGCUCAGGGUCUUUCUACCCGUGCGAGGGUCUCCAGCAGCGGGCUGGAUUCAUGCCGGACUUCCCCCUGAGCCGCUCGUCUCCAGCCAAACACAGCAACAAAUACGCGCCCGGUCUUCAGGAGGAGCGCAGGAGCCUCGCCGCGAGCGCCAAGACUGCUUUUUACCACGACAGCCCAGAGGGAGACAAGUCUCUGCCCAAGUCUUUGGGUUACUCAAUCCUUGACUCAGAAUGCUGCAGCAAACUGAAGGAGCCCUCAAACGGGUUAACCCAGGGCGAGUCCAUCGCAGACUCCAUCGACCUUUCAGGAAAGAACAAGAAGCGGAGGAACCGCACCACGUUCAGCACCUUCCAGCUGGAGGAGCUGGAGAAGGUCUUCCAGAAAACACAUUAUCCAGACGUCUACGCCCGAGAGCAGCUGGCCCUGAGGACCGAGCUCACUGAAGCACGAGUGCAGGUGUGGUUUCAGAACAGGAGAGCGAAGUGGAGGAAACGGGAGCGCUAUGGGAAGAUGCAGGAAGUGCGAAACCACUUCGCGGCUACGUACGAUAUCUCUCUGCUGCCUCGAUCGGAUACAUACCAGAUGCAGAGUAACCUGUGGCCAGCAGGGUCGGGAGGAGGUGGCACGCCCACUGGAGGCUGCGUCCUGGGCACCGAGACCAUGCCCUCCUCCUGCAUGUCCCCUUACCCCCACCACCCCCACUCCCACCCCCACAGCAACCUCCCCGGACUCAUGGGCAUGUCGGCGUCCCCCAGUCACCCCCCUCACCACCCCCACCACCCGCACCACCCCGGCAUCAACGGCCUCUACUCCCUGCACGGCUUUCAGGGGGGCCUGGGGGCCCACUCCUUCGAGUCCGGCCCCGAGUCCGACUACAAGCCGUCGGGCCUGGUGGCUCUGCGCAUGAAAACCAAAGACCCUGGCAGCCUUUUAUCCUGGCCCACGUGACCGCGUGACCCGGCCUUCAGCUAGGAACUGACUGAGCCAACGGGUAAUUGCUGGAUACACACCGGCGUGCUGGUGCGUCAGAGAAACUCAAACAGUGGAGAUCCAGCUUUCGGCACGGAGCUCAGAACCCGUCCGGAGGGACAAAUAUACGAGACGGGAGAGUGGAGGAGUGGAAGAGUGGAGGAGUGGAAAAGUUUUCAACGUCAACGUAUUCAUACCUUUGUUUUUGUACAUUUGCAGUUUUUUUUUGUUAAAAAUAAGAAUGAUAAUAACUCAUACCCUGCACACAUUGAUCAAGCUUAACGUUUGGACAUUCUGACCAGAACCUUGUUUCUAAACCCUUUAUCCAUAUUAUCAGCUAUACUGAUUAUAUAGGAGCAGUUUGUAAUUCAAUAAUUUAAACCUGUUUCACCCUGGUUAUUAAGGGUCAAGACCCCCACAGUUCUGCAGUGGUUGUGCUGUUGUGCUGUUGUGCUGGUACAGUGAGUGGAUCAGACACAGCAGUGCUGCUGGAGUUCUUAAACACUUCAGCACUGUAAACUGUGCAGCAACAGAUUCAGAGCUUCUGUCUCUGAUUUUACUUUAUCUACAAGGUGUUUCAGCUAUACACUGCAAAAAAAUCCAUUGGCAAAAACUAGACAAAAUAUAUUCAAAUUAAGACAAAUAUAUGUAUAUUAAGCAAAACAAAUCUGCCAAUAGGGUAAGCAAAAUUUUCUUAGUAAGAUUUCUUACAAAAAGCAAUGGAAAAAUCCCAAAAUGAGUAAAGUAACACCUAAAUCAGGCAAAAAAGUCACUGUUUUUGGACACAAGAAUCAGAAUAACUGGAUUGCUGCUUGAGUGUGCUUAUUUUGAGUUCAAAUUACUUAACGCUUUCAGACCCUGCAUUCAUUACAAUGGACAUCUUGUAUUUUCUUUAUUUUUACACAUAAGACUAUUAACACAGUUUGAACACUGUCUGCCCUCUGUACUGAAAAAAGAACAGUAGCACUAAAGCCAUUGAGGCAAAGUAAGAGCUAAUUUUUACUAAUUUAAUGUAAUUUAGAACAUUUUUAAUGUUUAAUUUUAAUUUUACUGUUUAAGAAUGGUUUAUGAAGUAAAAAGGUCAAUGUGAAAUAAAAAAAAAUACACACAAACUUCCAAUGUAAUGAAAAUAAAAAUCAAUUAUUAAAUAAUUUUGUUAAUUCGCUAUAUAGAUUAAUUUGCUAUAUAGAUUUCAUAGUAAAAAACAUCACUGUAGUUAAAUCAGGUCUGAAAGGGUUAAACUAAGGUACAAAUUUUAAGUAAGAAUGAUUAAGAUAACUAUCCCUAAAAUAAGCUAAAUAAUCUAACACUUACAAUGCUUAGUAAGAAAAAAAAGUCUUAUCACAAAAAUUAAGAUUUAUUGCCUUAAAUUUAGAAAAUUUCACUUGCUAAGAUUUAGUUUUUUGCAGUGCAGGUAGGAGAGUGUAAUAGAGUGGAGGAUCUGAUCCACUCACUGUAUCACCAGCACAACACACACUAACACCUCAUACACCACCACCAUGCUAAUCACUGCUAAUCACUGCAGUGCUGAGAAUAAAUUACCCACCACCCAAAUAAUAAUAAUAAUAAUAAUAAUAAUAAUAAUAAUAAUAAUAAUAAUAAUAAUAAUAAUAAUAAUAAUAAUAAUAAUAAUAAUAGCUGCUUUGUGGUGGUUUUCUCUCCUGUGGGGUUCUGAUCAUUAAAGAAGAACAGGGUAAAAGAGGAUAAUAAUAAAGUAUCCAGAGAAAUAGAUACAGAACUACAUUCUGUAAUUAUAAAAUUACUCAUAUAGUAUAUGAUCAGUAGAGCUAAUAAGAUUGAUAACGAUAAUUGAUAAUGGUCAUAAUGUUAUGCUUGAUCUGUGUAUUGUCACUCUCAUGCAAAAAGCUUGUAUCUCCAUUAAGAGCGUGUGAUAUGGUCCUAAAAUAAUAUUAUGAAACUUCAAGAAUAUACUACUGCCUCCAAAAACUUGUCAAAGUGUUAUUUAGUAUAAAAGUUUUAAACAUUCAGUAGAAACAAAUAAAAUCUGUAAACAUUUCUUAUUUUUGUACACAGCAGUAGGAAGAUGAUAAUUUAACGAUAAAUAUUGUAUUGUAAAUUAUGUAAUGUACCAAAUAAAUAUACCACAAAACAAUGCAAACAUUAAAAAAUAUACAAAAUAUCUUUAAAGCUUCACAAUAAAUAGCAAAACAAAUACAAAAUAGGCUGUUUUUAAGACAAUACCAAUAUCGAAUCACAAUAUGGAUUAUUUUUUAUUGUUUAAAAUAUUGCAUAGGUUUUUAUUUUGUGAAUGAUACAAUAUUACACACCUCUAUUCUUAGUUUUUGCAUUUUUUUUAUAUGUACUAAAAGAAUAUGAAUAUGGCAGUUGUUUCAUUCUUCCCAUUGCGUUAAACUGUCCUAUUAAACGGAUCAUUUUGCAAAAAAAAAAAAUCCAUUUAAAAAUUAAGAUAUUGUUGUUCAACUCCUGUAAAGUUGCUGUUUUGGAGAUACAAGGUUUUUGGUACUGUACAUUUGUAUGACGAUAUGCUGUUUUUCUAACAGGUAAAUGUUUUUUUUUCCUCAUCUUGUGCAUAAUUGUAUAUAAACUCUGUAUGAACCAGAACAGAAUGACAUUUUUGUAAAACAAAAAAAAAUAUUUAAAGUUGCUAAUCUCAUAUGUUAAAUGAAUGUAUGCUGAGUUUUUACAUUAGUAUGAAUAUUAAUAAAUGGCUUUUAUAUUUCA